GCCCGGGCUGCAUUUCGGGGCGGCGUAUUGAGGACGGCUGUGGGGGACGGGUUAGAGAAGCAGGUGCGCGGGGCUUUCCUCGCCCAGGCCCGAGUCCUAAGCAUCCGCGGUCUCGGCCACCGGGCCCGGACCCUCGCGUGGCCAACUUCCCCGUCCUUUCCCGAGAGCCCUACGUCGACAGGGCGGAUCGCCGGGACUUGCCUGCGUCCCCUCAGGGGUCAGGGUCAGAGCCUACCGCUCCAGGAUCUCCCCAGGGCGGGAGGGAGGAGGCAUCGCUUCCACACAUUUUGGAGUGGAACGAAGGGACGCCUGCCUCCCAGGAGCCCCUGCCGCAGCCGUUGGUUGCGCGUCCAGAAUUGAUCAGAUUUAAUGAUGCUUUGGAGCAGUUUCCUAAGUCUGAAAUUUUCUGUGCUUGUGAACCCCAGGAUUUUCUAAGAGAUGGAGGGGCCUGCACAGAACGAUCUGAACAAGAUGACCCAUGAGGAAGGUGACCCUCUCAAGAGCACCACCCCUCAGAUUUCUGUUAGUGAAUUUUCAUGCCACUGCUGUUACGACAUCCUGGUUAACCCCACCACCUUGAACUGUGGGCAUAGCUUCUGCCGGCACUGCCUAGCUUUAUGGUGGGCCUCUUCGAAGAAAACAGAGUGUCCAGAAUGCAGAGAAAAAUGGGAAGGUUUCCCCAAAGUCAAUAUUCUCCUCAGGGAUGCCACUGAAAAAUUAUUUCCUGAUGCCAUUAGAAUGCGAUUUGAGGACAUUCAGCAGAAUAAUGACAUAAUCCAGAGUCUUGCAGCCUUUCACAAAUAUGGGAAUGAUCAGGCUCCUUUGGCUACCAACACAGGCCGAGUGAAUGCACAGAGAGGUGGGGGAUUCUUUUCCGGAGUGCUCACCGCUUUAACUGGUGUGGCAGUGGUCCUCCUCGUGUAUCACUGGAGCAGCAGGGAAUCUGAGCACGACCUCCUGGUCCACAAGGCUGUGGCCAAAUGGACAGCAGAAGAAGUGGUCCUCUGGCUGGAGCAGCUGGGCCCUUGGGCCUCUCUCUACAGAGACCGGUUUUUAUCUGAAAGAGUGAAUGGAAGGUUGCUUUUAACUCUGACAGAGGAAGAAUUUUCAAGGGCGCCAUAUAACAUAGAAAACAGCAGCCACAGAAGAGCCAUCCUCCUGGAACUGGAGCGUGUCAAAGCACUGGGGGUGAAGCCCCCCCAGAAUCUCUGGGAAUAUAAGGCGGUGAACCCAGGCAGGUCCCUGUUCCUGCUCUAUGCCCUCAAGAGCUCCCCGAGACUUGGUCUGCUAUACCUCUACCUAUUUGACUACACAGACACCUUCCUGCCCUUCAUCCACACCAUCUGCCCCCUGCAGGAAGACAAUUCUGGGGAGGACAUCAUCACCAAGCUUCUGGAUCUAAGAGAGCCCACCUGGAAGCAAUGGAGAGGAUUCCUUGUCAAAUACUCCUUCCUUCCAUACCAGCUGAUUGCUGAAUUUGCUUGGGACUGGCUGGAGGUCCAUUACUGGACAUCACGUUUUCUCAUCGUCAAUGCCAUGUUACUCUCGGUUCUGGAAUUAUUCUCCUUUUGGAGGAUCUGGUCACGAAGUGAACUGAAGACUGUGCCUCAGAGGAUGUGGAGCCAUUUUUGGAAAGUAUCGACACAGGGGCUUUUUGUGGCCAUGUUCUGGCCCCUCAUUCCUCAGUUUGUCUGCAACUGUCUAUUUUACUGGGCCCUGUACUUCAACCCAAUUAUUAAUAUCGAUCUUGUGGUCAAGGAAGUCCGACGGCUGGAAACCCAGGUGUUGUGACUGGCAGUGCCCAGGCUCUGAAGGAUUCUUCCAGCCUCCUCGACAUGUGCGCACCGAUGCUCGAGUAGGGGGCGGGGGGGGGGGUGGACUUCCUGUUUCUCUGCCCCGCGAACAAGGUGCUGCUUUGUCAGAGGCUACAACCAGGUCCUCUGCCCCUCUGCCUGCGGCAUCGUGGCAGCGGGGACUGACAUCCCAGAGCUUGGCUGACACAGCGACAGCACCUCUCCCCCCAGCCGCCCUCCUCACAGGCCCUUGGGAGGCCCCGUCCACCGGGGCUGUCAGGGACUUGGGGUCCCUAGAGGAUGCAGUCUGGUGACUUCAGAAGGCUGCUGGGUCAGCAGUCCCGCUUGCCCUGACCUCAGUGACGGACAGAGGCUCCCGGGGCGAGUUGGCAGCACAAGGCUGAGCCUGAGACCAGGCUUGCUGGGGCCAGGCCUGUCCUCUGAAUCAAAUUUAGGAAAACGGGAAAAGAUUUUGUCAUAGGCACAGACAGUUGCGCAUAAAAAAUACGGAGGAAAAGCUCAAAUCCGAUGGACGAUUCUGUAUUAUUAAAGAGGUGGUAGGCUUUUCAGAUGGAAGCCUCUAAAAGGGUUCGAGACGGAGUGGUGGUCAGACUGUCGUCAGUGUUCUCUGCAUUUAAUCACUGCAACUUUGGAUCCCUAACUCCCAGGGGGGUGUCGAGGACGAAGUCAGGCAGUAAUGGAGGGUCAUUCUCAUCAGGCCGCGCUGCCUCGGUGCCACUUAAAAUUACUGUGUGGGGGUUUAUAUGGUUGGUUUUCAGGAAUUUAAUCUGUAAAAUCCAGGAGAGCCCUUAUGUUCAAGGAAACAUUUUGUACCUUGACCUCACACUGUAUUCUCUUAUUGUCCUGUUCUGAUGUAUAAAACAGCAAGGUAUAAUUACACCAAGUGCUGUAGUUGUAAAUAUGAAUAAGAUGAGGCAGGGCCCUUAUUUCUUUCUGGUGUGAAGAUAUCAAGUGUGAAUUUGAGCCAUCUGAAGAUUGGCCCCAGAGGUAAGUUUUGUGACUCUGUGAACCACUCGUUACUCCUUUGAUCUUUGAAGAUUUCACUCAAACUUUGCAACUGAAAGUUUGAAGAAAUCACUUGAAAGUAAAAUAAAGAUUUUUAUAUAGAUAAAAAUUCUA